CUGUUUUUUUUUUUUUUUCCUCUGAGGCUGGAAAGAAGUGUCACAUUUUGCUCCCUCCUGAGCCCGCUCCCCACCCUCUCCCAGGGACCGUGGGCUGGGUGGAGGGCGCGCUGGGAGCCAUCUCCAGCCUCCGGUGACGGUAACUGCGGGAAGAACUUUCAGCCCCUCUCAUCCUCGCACUAUGAAGUUCCUCGGGAAGCCCAGCAGCCGGAGAGCUGCUUUGCUGCCUCUUUGCUUGCUCUUUUUGGAGAUUCUGCACCCAGGGCACAGCCAUCUUUACAGCAGCCGCUAUGCUGGUGAUAAGGUGAUAAGACUUAUUCCCAAUACAGAAGAGGACGCAUAUGCACUGAAGAAAAUAUACCAGCAACUGAAGGUGGACCUGUGGCAGCCCAGCAGUAUCUCCCAGAUAUCAGAGGGAACAGUUACUGAUGUCCAUAUUCCCCACAAUGGUUCCCGAGCCCUGUUAGCCUUCCUACAGGAAACCAACAUCCAGUACAAGAUCCUCAUGGAAGAUCUUCAGAAAGUACUGGAAAAGGGAAGCAGUUUGCCAACCCAGAGAAGUCGAAGAUCCGUCUCUGGAUAUAAUUAUGAAGUUUAUCACUCCUUAGAAGAAAUUCAAAAUUGGAUGCAUCAUUUGAAUAAAACUCAUUCAGGCCUCAUUCACAUGUUCUCUAUUGGAAAAUCAUAUGAGGGAAGAUCUCUUUUUGUUUUAAAGCUGGGCAGAAGAUCACGAGCUUACAAAAGAGCUGUCUGGAUAGACUGCGGUAUUCAUGCAAGAGAAUGGAUUGGUCCUGCCUUUUGUCAGUGGUUUGUAAAAGAAGCUCUUCUAACAUAUAGGAGUGACCCAACCAUGAGAAAAAUGUUGAAUCAUCUGUAUUUCUAUAUCAUGCCUGUGUUUAACGUUGAUGGAUACCAUUUUAGCUGGACCAAUGAUCGAUUUUGGAGAAAAACAAGGUCAAGGAACUCAAGGUUUCGCUGCCGUGGAGUGGAUGCCAAUCGAAACUGGAGGGUGAAAUGGUGCGAUGAAGGAGCUUCCAUGCACCCUUGUGAUGAUACGUACUGUGGACCUUUCCCAGAAUCUGAGCCGGAAGUGAAAGCUGUAGCUAACUUCCUCCGAAAACACAAGCAGCACAUCAGGGCUUACCUCUCUUUUCAUGCAUAUGCUCAGAUGUUGCUGUAUCCCUAUUCUUACAAAUAUGCAACAAUCCCCAAUUUUAGCUGUGUGGAAUCUGCAGCUUAUAAAGCUGUGAAUGCACUUCAGUCGGUAUACGGCGUACAGUACCGAUACGGGCCUGCUUCCAGCACACUGUAUGUGAGCUCUGGUAGCUCAAUGGAUUGGGCCUACAAAAAUGGAAUACCCUACACAUUUGCUUUCGAACUACGUGACACUGGGCAUUUUGGCUUUUUACUCCCAGAGAUGCUCAUCAAACCCACCUGUACAGAAACCAUGCUUGCUGUGAAGAAUAUCACGAUGCACCUACUAAAGAAGUGUCCCUGAGAUGCCCCAAGGGGCAAGUCAACCUCCAGAGAGAGCUGGUUCUGCACAAGAGCUGCUUGGCAAUGGGUGCAAAUUGUUUUUAAAGAGAAGGGCGAUUACUGAGCGGGAACUUAUCUGGGGACUUUAAAAGGACCUUCUCAUGCAAUUCAACUCUCUCUGUGGCAAUAAAAAAUGGUGGGAAAAAAAAUUAGAGUAUACCCUAGUUUGUGGUAAGAGAAGGCAUCCAUUUUCUGCCCCUUUAGAGUCUUAUUUGAUUAAGCGGGGAGGGGAGAUUUUCU